UUAGUGUUCAGUACGUUUCCAAACGCUCGAGAUGCAGCUGCUCUGCCCCAGUAUUUUGCUCCUCCUGCUGCUGCUGCUGCUGCUGCAGCCCCCGCAUCCCAGCCAGGCGAAGCGAGUGGUGGGACCCUAUGCCACGGCGCCAUCGAGCAGAAUCAAGGGCGGCGAGCUAGCGGAGGUCGGAUUUGCCCCGUACCAGGUCUCGCUGCAGCCCAUUGUGGGUUCGCACAACUGCGGUGGGGCCAUUCUGAACGAACAGUGGGUCAUAACCGCCGGACACUGUGUGGAAAAGCUUAUUCCUGAGCUGGUCAACGUUGUCACGGGCACCAACAAAUGGGCAGAGCCGGGUGCCGUUUACCACACGGCUGAGAUCCACAUGCACUGCAUGUACGAUCAGCCCUAUAUGCACAACGACAUCGCCCUGGUGAAGCUCACCCGGAACAUCACCUUCGAUGAGCUGACCCAGCCCAUCGCACUGCCCAUUAGACCCGUGCGUUCCGGCGACGAGAUCGUCCUCACGGGUUGGGGUGCCCACGAGCCCUACGGUGGCUCCGUGGAGGACCUGUACAAGUUGAGCUUGGGAUUUGUGCCGCUGAAGGAGUGCUACGACAUCUUCAACCAGACCAGCAGCAUGGGCGUGGGCCACAUCUGCACCUUUUCGCGGGAGGGCGAGGGCUCCUGCCAUGGCGAUUCCGGCGGUCCGCUGGUCAGCGAUGGCCGGCUGGUGGGCGUGGUCAACUGGGGACGACCUUGUGGGGUCGGAUUCCCCGAUGUGCAGGCCAAUGUGUACUACUACCUGGACUGGAUUCGCAGCAAAAUCAGCGGCAACGACAAGUGCUACUACUAGAAGUACUAGUAGCAAAUUGAAAUUGAGCUAAUGUUUAUCAAAACUUUAUGUAUUAAACAGAGGAGAAUAAAGAAAAACUUAAGCCCUA